AUGUCAAGGCAAGCUGAACGACAUCAAUAUCAACGUUUAUUACCAUUUCAAAAAAUUUCAGCACUCGAUGCCAAACUUUUAAGACCAUUAUUUUCAACACAAUGGGAUGUACAUCAGAAUAUAUCACAAUCAUCAACAGAUGAAGAUCAAACUCCAACUGAAAUAAUGGAAGGCAACGUCCAACAGUUACCACAACACCAAGAAGAAGAACAAACGUCAGCAUCUAUUGCUCUUGCACAAGUAGAAUUUUAUGCCAUUCCGGACCAAGACUUAAAAGAAUCUGUGCCUGCUAAUGACUCUGUUCUUUCAAAACGUGAACAGGAAGGAGAAGACAACAACCAAAUUUUGGAAGACACUAUCCAGACACCAUCAUCUACGACAGAUUUUGGAGCUGCUGAAGUUGCACAGCCUCAGUCGUCGCCAUCGCCGACAACGAUUUCAGCAGCAACAACAAAUUCACUAAAACAAGAUCAACAGCGUUCAAAAAAUCUUAUUGAAUAUGCUCCUGGUCGAUAUCGACGUCAGUCUGUUCACAACGGACAAUUCCAAGUAGCUUUAUCAUUUGCAGGUGAUGAACGAUUACGUGUAGAACCUAUAGCCGAACUACUUGAAAGUGAAUUGGGACCAAAUCAAGUGUUUUAUGACAAAUGGUAUGAGGCUGAAAUGUAUUUAUAUCGAAAACGAUCAAGUCUGAUUGUUGUUUUUGAAUGUCCUCAAUAUCGUGUGAAAGAAUGGUGUAAGUUGGAAUGGCGUGGAAUUCGUGAGUUACUAAAAACUGGACAAGAAAAACGUAUUAUGUUAUUGAGUUCAUAUGAUUUACAUCCCUUGCCGGGAACUUACAGUGGUGAUGGGUAUUUAUCUAUUAAAGACAAGUCAUCCGAAGUUGUUGUUGAUAAUAUAUUAAUACGGUUGUCAACUUUGAAUGAUUAA